GCCUUUUAAUGAGGAUGUGGCAAAAAAAAUUAUUCGCGUAUCUUACAAAUUAUUGCCUAUUCGCACACUUAAAGCUGAUUUUAUUUAUUUCACUCUGAAACAAGGGAGAGGUAGCUCAUAGCUGACGGGCUAGUCUAGUCCAACCUCAUUGAUCUAGUCUGCCACUGCGUGGCACCGACAUCAUCAUUUUCAGUGGCCUCUCUUCUAUGUUAUUGGCAUGACAACAAUGGCAUGGCAACAAUUGAACAGCCGAGACGACAUGGCCCUGGGAAAGACAAAACAACAUUGGGUCACUCGGAAACUUGAAGAUAGAGUUUUGGUUGUGAUGUUGAAAGAAACUGAACUGCACUCAACAAAAUGAGCUCAACACAAAAUAAUGUAACCUCAGCACAUCCUUAUCUACCCAGCUUUCCACCUUCAAAGGGCACAAAACCUUCUUACUCACGAUUCCUUGUAUCUGCUCCACUUAUAGCCUUAGCUGACAUAACCCCACAUUCAAAAAAACCACAAGAGUUUAAGUCAUCGACUGGCUGUCGAGUCAGGGUGCAAGUUGGAAAUACAAAUAGAUGGAGAGCAACUGCUGCAUUAGGAAGCGAUUUGCUGGGCACCUCCCAAGCAAUGAAGGCCAUGCAGUCUUCGAAACAGGGAGAGGGAAGAUCCACCAGCAAAGGUGAAAUCCGUACAUUUUGCGGAAACUCUGAUGUAUUACACAACUUUUACUCGAAUAAAAUGUCAAGGAUGAGGCAUGGCUUGCACAGUGCCCCACCCCUUUCCAAUAUGAACAGUUACAAAGCCAGUGGAGCUCACGUGGAAACAAGGUGCAAAACCUCUGGCGAGACACGCAGUAAAAGAAUAUCUAGGAAUAUGGAAGAUAUAAAGGACGAGCUACUUUCGCUUAAGCAUGUUUACCAACUUCAAAUGCACUGCGAUUACGUCCCUCCUGAAAGUCGACGCCCGACGCCGAUUGAAGUGUUUUUGAGGAACGUUCAUCUCGCUUCUAGGAAUUGUGGAAUCGAAUUGAUAAUCAAUGCAUUGAACACGAACUGGAAUCUGCACCUGCGAUUUGCUGAAGGCUCUCGAUUGCUAUCCGAUCUGAUCAAAGAUAAAAAAAGCGUUGAAACAAGUCAGAGUUCUCCGCAGGAAGAUUACGAUGACGAUUUCUUCGUUACGUCAGAUCGACAAGGAGUAGCAGUUUCAAUACCAAGAAGAGAUCCGCAUCCAACAAUCAUCCCAAUAUUUCUUGACUUGGAAGUCACCGAUGAGCUUAUAACAAGACAUGCUUUCGCUACUGCCCUUUGUUUUCUUUACGACGACGAAGUCAAAAUCGAAACUCUUGACGUCAUCAAUGUACUAGCUGCAGCUCGCUUUCUUCGUAUAAACCCAUUGGUUAAUAGAUGCAUUGAUCUGAUGAUAACUAAUGUUGAUUCAAGGAAUGCAUGCAUAUUUCACAGAGCUGCCGUCAAGUAUGAUGUCCCAGCUGUCCAGAAAUACUGCGAGAACUGGUUGCAGCUAAAUGCAAUUCCACAACUAUCAUCAUCAUUCGCUUUAGCCCAUCUUAGCAGCUCUUUGUUGGAAAAGCUGUUAAAGUCGCACAACCUCUUUCUCUGCAAUGAAUACCAAGUAUACAAGUUGCUAUGUAACUGGGUGUUCUGUAAACAGCAUCCAACGCUGCAGAUGCUUCCAAGUUGGGGGACUGUAGUGACAUGGUUUAUGAGCAUUCCAAUCACUGUGUCAUUUUUGGAGUCGGAUGAGGGAAGACGCUUUCAUUCAUUGUUCGAGAAUCUUCGACUGAAAGGAAUAACGAAUCCUGGACAGUUAGAUGAAAUCAGCAAGAUGAACAUAUUUCCUUCAGACUGGCUGCUGAAAGUUUUCUCGUCGCAUUUCUAUUCACUUCAAGGCGGUGGUGACAUGUCUUUAUUGACCAGAUUUGAAGAUGGUGCCAUACGAUAUGGAUUUAUGAUCGACGAGCCAAAUUUCGUUCAAAGUGAAAUCAUAUCUCUACAUGGUUUUCAUUUUGAUAUUUUUGCCGAAUUUGACGACGAUGGUCAAUGCCACAUCUUCAUUCAGCGUCUAAAGCCAACUGACCCCUUCGUUUCGAAAAGAAUUUCGGACAGACAAACUUUCUCAGUGAGAUAUGAUCGAGAGGUGAGAUAUGCAAUAAAAGCUCAAUAUGUUGACGGAGAAUCGUUUUUCAUAAAAAGUCUUGGACCUAAAUCCCAGUGUUUUGGCUUGAAUAACAAAAGUGAAAGAAGUGAGAUUCUCAAAAUUGCAACGCCAAUUCUGCCGCUGUAUGUUACUAUCUCUCUCCUAUUUCCACCUUCCUGAAAUUUCCAAGAAACUCUAGGUAAUCCAAAAUAUAUCGACUAUUUGCAUGUACAAGCAUUUUGAUGUUAAUAUUUCAUAGGAUUUUGUAAUUUAUUCAUCUGUGUAUACAUUUUAGUUUGUACUUAAGCACUCAUUAUAAUUGUACUAUAAAUAUGAUAUACAACAAACAGUAUCCAUAUU